AUGAAAAUCAUUUAGUCCUACCGAGCUUCACGAAGACAAACAUUUAUUCUUGCAGUGUAAUCCCAAAGGAGCGAGGUUCAUUCACAACGUAACGAUGUUUUCGAUCAUAUCCACAUUCAUUUUCAUCUCCAUCGGCUUUAAAGCAACACUAGCGGCAGAGAAUGGCUAUGUUUUAAGUGAUAUCACUGAAACAACUCCACCUUGUAAAGAUGCCUCGAAGAUUAUUCCCAGCAGCGAUACGUGCGCUGGAAUUGUAACCUACCAGAUGCCAGAUUUCAGCAAGUUUCAGUAUAAACCCGAUCUAUCGUCUAUCCGCAACCUUAUUCCAACCAUAGACGAGAGUUUAAAGAAAGUGGGCGCUAAUGCAAAGUGCAGGGACGUCUACAAGAAGUAUUUUUGCCAACUGGGCUAUCCUUUCCAUUGCGACGAGGAUUCUAUCGGAGCCAACGUUGACGAACUCACAGCUACUUGUAAAGCAGCCGGAAAGGAAUGCCCUGCUAGCUUGAAUACAAACUGCUCUAUUAUCACUGAUAAUCCGGACUUAAAGCAACGAUUUCCUCGCAAGGCAACAUGCGUCCCAUUUCCCGAACUGAAAAAUGAUCCCUACUCUUGCGAGGGAAACUAUAAGGUGUUUGCCUUAAAUGGAACAUCUGUGCAAAUGGCAGCAGACAUGAUCGUGACUCAACACAAGAUUGUGAAGAACGCCAAUCUUUCUGAUGCUGAGUGUGAGACAAAAGUUGCCGACGCCAUGUGUAAAUCUGCAUUGCUCGCUUGCUCUCACGACCGUACGAAAAUUAUAAGUUUUCUCAGCAAACAAGAAUGCUACAAGAAUGUAGGAUGCGUAAACAAAACCAACGAUGCCAACUUAAUACAGAAAGCCCAGGACAUGUGUUCUGGAUUUCCAGACGGCACGAAGGCAAAGACAUAUUCCCUUGAUAAUGUCUACAACAAAGCAACAAGCCUCGACUUUCCGUUCACCGCCAUUCUAUUCCUUGCUACCUUCAUCGUUCAACGUUUCUUCUAAGCUAAUAUACAAGAAAAAUAUGUAAACUAGGAAUAAACUAUGAAUAGUCUAGGAAUAAACUAGAAAUAAUCUAGGAAUAAACUAGGAAUAAAACAGGAAUAAUCUAGGAAUAAACUGGGAAUAAACUAGGAAUAAACUAGGAAUAAACUAAGAAUAAACUAGGAAAAAACUAGCAAUACUGAAUAUAUGUAUACAUUAAGUAUAAACUAGAAAUAAUCUAGGAAUAAACUGGAAAUAAACUAGGAAUAAACUAGGAAUAAUCUAGGAGUAUUCUAGGAGUAAUCUAGGAAUAAUCUAGGAAUAAAUUGACGUUCUUCGUAAAGAGUAACAACUAACAACAAUCAGGGUUGCCAGAUUACUUUUAUUAGCCAAAUAUUAUUAUCAUAAUCGUUGUUUUCCUCGUUUUAAACAAAGAAAUAAAAGGGCCGACCACAACAAUGUUUCAGUAGCUUUUUUUCUCACUAAUCUACCCACCCUGCAACUUAUGCCCCCUGUUUACGCUACGCUCAAUUUCUCGGCACAGCACGGCUAAAAUGUGUACCCGCGUACCAAUUUCUUCCGUGCUCGGCUGCUCGACUUUUUAUUGGUAGCCUGAACACUAACAAAAUUGGGUG